AUGGCGGAGAAUCCGCUCCUAAUGGUUCUAAGAGCCAUUCAGACACUCUAUGGCAUGGAAGGAACGACGCGACAGCGAGAAGCCAAUGAGUUUCUAAACAAUUUUGCUGCUUCAGACACAGCGUGGAGUGUAGGGUUGCAGCUGUUACAGGACGAGACGUUGGCGUUACCUCCAGAAGCUCUUUUCUUUGCUGCCAACAUGUUGCACAAUAAGGCACGUAAAGAGUGGGUCCGGCUAUCUGGAGAGCAAAAGGCAGGCCUAAAAUCGUCGUUUCAGACGGUGAUACAAGUACUUCAAAGUGGCUCCAGAUUGGAUUAUCACCAGGGACCACUUGCCAGCAAACUUUGUGCUAUUUAUGCAGUAGCUAUGAUCUCGUCCCCAGAUGAGUGCAAGUCGCUGUUAUUGCAAUUGCUGACAAGUUGCUCAGCAAGAGGUGAUGCAGGAGAAAUUGCUUUUUUGCUGGCCUUCUCACGCUGUGUCUGUGAGGAAAUGGAGGAAGCUGAGCUAGCAUUUGUAGCCAAGGACGCGAUGGAAAUGCACCUCUCUGUUCUAAGCGGAGAUUUGGUCGCUCUUAUCGGCAAGAUUGUUGUCAUAUGUGAAGACCAGGAUACUCGUGUAGCUUCUCUUCAUGGUGAGGCUUUUGCGUGCUUAAAUGUGUGGGUCAGACGGGCAGGGCUUUCGCUGGCGUCGCUGUACUCUUCGGACAAGGCCGUAUUGCUGGCUCUAUUGGACGCACUGCAGACCAAAUCACGACAUUUGCAGGCAUGUGCUGACAUACUUACGAAACUUAUCAUGGUGGCAUCAUAUCCGACUCCAGCUCAGUUGGAAAUGACACUGCUGGUUGUGGCAGAAGGGCUUCUCAAAACGCGUGCUGCAUGCGAAAGCGCUAUUGGCGCUGAAGAAGAGGGUAUUUGUCAUGCUCUUACAGAUGUUAUCUCAACGUUUUGUGAAACGUAUGCGGACUGGAUUGUAGAAGGAGAACAUCCCGAGAAAGCGACAGCUUUGGGUGAACUUAUGCUGUAUCUUGGUUCACAACCGCGUCGUCAAAUCGCGUCACUUACUCUUGAGUUUUGGAUGGUCGUUCAGGACGAGCCUGUCGCCUCACGAUCACAGUUUUACAAGCACGAUGCCUUCAUGCAUCUUUUUGAUGUCAUGCUUAAACAGUGCUCCUUUCCGUCAGGAAACAUCGAGGAAAUGGACGAACUUGAGCACAACGACCUCAAUGCUUUCCGAAGUGGCUUUCAGGGUGUCUCCAAUGCUUUUAUAGCAAUUUUUUCGCUGCUUAAGGUAGAAUACCUUGCUCGUCUACUUCCUGUCCUCUCAUCAGCGUCGAGCGGGUGGCAAAGUGUUGAAGUUGCUCUAUUUGCUGUCUCGACGGUGUCGGAUGAAAUCAAGAAGAUGUUGCCUAGUACCUCUGCUAGCGCUCUGCACCAGGCUGAAUUAGAAAGCAUGAUUUCGCAAAUGUUGCAAGCAAUAUUGGUCUCGACAGCAAGUGCGCAUCCUUUAGUAAUCAAAACGGCUUCUCGUCUGCUGGGUCAGUUUGCUGGUUGGAUCAACGAUAGGGCCGUAGCUGCUCGCGCAUUUGACACGAUUGAAGCUGUUCUCCAGUAUCUGACAGGUGCGCUUGGGCUUGACUCAAGUUGUACAAAUGCUGCUAAAAGUUUUAUGCAAGUAGCAACGAAUUGCACGAGCUGUCUUAUUGAAAUGCAACCGAGCUUUCUCGUGGCUAGCGUGCAACAUUUUGGUGGUGCUUCUGGUCAAAACGUCAUGCCGAUAGAGGGUCGAUUAUUGGUUGUUGAGGGGAUCAUACGUGUUGCUGCAGUCUCUACGAACUGCUCCGUGAUUUUGCAGACCGUACUAAACGAUUCACUAUCUCGUCUAGACCAAGUGCUAGUAGCGACGGGAUCUGAUCACGUGGUUUUGUCUACCCUAGUAUGCAACGAACUUCACGUGCUUGGUAAGGUGAUACGGUUUUUAGAUGCUCCAGACGAUGCAGCUGGAGGAAAGGCUGUCACGGCAUGGGCUGUUCAGCAGAUUUGGUCUCAUUUGGAUCCGAUUGCACCACGGUUUGAGAUGGAUGAAGCAGUAAUGACUGCUCUGUUCGAGCUGUAUGGGUGGUGUCUGCGCAGCGUGCGAGACAACAUGGCGCCACAACUUGGAGGGAUAGCUACUUUAAUCGUGAGAGUAUUCGAAGAGCGGCACUUUGUGGCUCCGCUCGAGUGUGCAUCUGUUGCUGUUGAUGUCUUUGGAAAGAAUGCAAAUGCCGAGAUUGUUGAUAGUUUCCGAGGACUUAUGGGAGCAUUGAGUCGGUCAGCCUUUCGAUUCUUCACAACCCAUUCGUUGGCCGAGUCGCCAGAGGUGUUGCGAUCGUUUUUUGAGCUGGCGUACCGCUUCUUGCUGUUCUGCCCAGCAGCCGUGCUCACUGCAGCCGAGUUUCCCGUGCUUAUCGAGCUUAGUCUGGCCUGUCUGAGCAACCAGGAGCGUGUAUCAACGAAUGCGGUCCUCAUGUUUCUUACAUUUCUGCUGAGCGAGAGCACCAACAAACUGGCGCCGUUUACAGCAGUGAUUAACGCCAUUGUACUGGAUGUUGGCCAAACGGAAAAGUGGCUUGACAGCCUCAUUGGUGCUCUAGCCUCAAAGAGUCCUAGUGCUCUCUAUGAGUCGCUAUCCAAGCUAUUGUACGCGCUACUAACAGGCUUCACUAGCAACGAGCGCGUGCGGGCGACGCUAAUGCAGUCUUUGACCCGUGAUGCGCUGGGUGUAGCAGUGCUUCAACCUACAGACCGACAACAGGUGCUGCUCUCAUGGCUGUCCCUGGCUGCUGAGCCUUCACGCUACUCCGAGCGGCGCUUUCGUGGUUUGUGCUCUGACUUCGCCAAGGUUUGCCGCAAACAAUUGACGGCCGAUACACUUCACUCUUUUGAGCUGCCCAACUAG